CGACGGUGUUAUAAAUAUCAGAACAGCAAAGACACUGUUUUUUCUCCGAACUCCGAAGCUUUGUUGGCGGCAAGGCAAAUCUGCAUUGCGAUGGCGCCUCCGAAGCUCUUCGUCUUUGCGCUUUCUGUAACCCUAAUUUUCGCCAUCGUUGGGGCCGAAGCCGAUAUUUCCAUCGAAGGAAGCACUCCAGAGCCUGAUACCUCCGCCAUCAGGAUCCAAUUAGAUCAACUCAAUUCCAAGAUCCAAAUUCUCGAGUCUCAAAUCAGCGAAAAGUUGGAAGAAGUGAAGAAGAAGGACGAAAUUAUAGCAGAAAAAGAAAAGUCCAUUGAAGAUAAAUCAAUUACCAUACAAUCCUUGCAGAAUGAGAUUGCUUCUCUCCAGAAAAAAGGGUCACUGGAUGCUGAGGAGCAGGUUGGAAAGGCUCAUGCACGUGCUGGUGAACUACAGAAGCAGGUGGACAAGCUUAAAAGGGAACUAGAAACACAAAACAAGGAGAAAGUGAACUGGGAAACUCGAGUACCUGAGUUAGAGAAAAAGAUUCAUGACUUGAACUCAAAAUUAGAAGAUCUUCAAAAGAUAAAUGAGGAACAGAAGAAAAAAAUUCAAAAAACUGAACGUGCUCUUAAAGUUGCUGAGGAAGAAAUGGUGAAGGCAAAGUUUGAGGCUACUGCCAUAGAAAAAGAGCUGAGGGAGACUCAUGGUGCUUGGCUUCCCCCUUGGCUUGCUGUUCACUAUAUUCAUAGUAAGUCUUUUGUUGAUAGUCAUUGGAACAAACAUGGGAAACCUGCUUUGGAAAUGGUUACUCAAAAGGCCCUAGAGAAAAAGGCACAAGCUGGAAAGUGGGCUGAACCUCAUGUGGAAACCAUUAAAACUAAAUGGGUCCCAGCUGUAAAAGAACAGUGGUCUGUGGUGAAGACAAAUGCUGAACCUCAUGUGCAAUUAUUGACCACGAAAACUGUUGAAGUUUACGAGGCAUCAAAGAAUGCAAUUUCUCCCCACUUAAGCAAGGCAAAAGAAUUUGUAGAUCCUUAUUAUCAGGAAGCUAGAAAGUUCAGCAAGCCAUACAUUGAUCAGAUUGCUAUUGCAGCUAAACCUCAUGUUGAUAAAGUACAGGUAGUUUUGAAGCCCUACACAAAGGAGGUUGUUCGCACUUAUGGGAAGUUUUUGGAAUCAGCUACUACAUAUCAUCGCCAGGUCCAAGCUUCUGUCCAAGAGACACUGAAAAAGCACGAGCUUACUAGACCUCUUGCUACUAAAGAGUUGGAAUGGUUUGCGGCCUCUGCCCUUUUGGCUUUACCUAUUAUUUUAGUGGCUAGAGUGUUUUCAGCUGUUUUCUGUAGCAAAAAAGUGAAUAAACCUGCUCGAAAUGGAAACAAUCACCAUGCACGACGUAAACAUAAGCGAGGGCAUCUAGACAAGCACACAACAUGAAGUUGGUUCCUGCUUUAUUUUUUUCCCUGGAAAGUUUAGAUAAUUUUUCCUGUUCGCACGGGCUUAUUGAGGGGGAUGUAUCUUUCCUGUCGUGUGGGGUUUUGAAUAUUUUACUUCUCUUUUUUUGGGUGAGGUAACUUUAGGAUGUUUCACUGUAGAAAAGGGCACACAAUAUGUUUAGGUGUUUAUGUAUUAUCAGUUUAUCACUUUGUUAUAUUUGUUAUUAGACCUUGCACUCCCUUUUCCUGCUGGUUUUAUUUUCUUAAAUUCUUGACAUAGUAAAAAUGUUUCCUCAUAAUGUAUGUUUAUUAGAAUCAGAACUAGUUCCUGUCUAUUGCGGUUGUCUGUGGAACUUGAAAUUUAUUACUAAAAGAAACUAAUUCAUGAGUUGCUCUUCAUUGGAA